CACUUGGGAAGGAGGCCAAAAAGGUGGUCGUGCUCUUUCUUAAUUACUCGUUACGCAAGGUUAUGGCUGACACCGAAAGACCACCGCCCUUAGUAGAGGAGAUACAGGGUAUGCAAGUUAACAUCUUUCCCGUCGGUAUCGGGGAGAACGCCAAAUUAUCAGAGUUAAAUAAGAUGGCAAGUAAAGGUAGCACAGCACGCCACUUUGGAGAAUACGAGUCACCCGAGACGUUGGGGACCGCUGUCAUACAAGGUAUCGAGGGAAAGAACAUCUAUGAGAAAUACAAGGAUUACUUUACGACUCCUUAUUUCGUCUUUUUCCGCGACACGCUGAGUUAUCUCAUCCUCCUCGUUCUUCACUUCGCCAUUUGCCUGUCCCCUUCAACAAUUGCCUUCAGUCGACUAGAAUGGGCCAUUUUAGUUUUCUUCCUGGGACGCGUUUUGAUGGAGGUGGAUCAGUUUAUUAGUCCUAAAAAGGCUGAAAUGAAAGCAUGUAAGCUGUGUAGGAGGAGGAAAAGAGAUGGCUCCAGCUACCAAGAAUGCUCACAAGAGGGUCAACAAGAGACAAAUGAGGCAGAAGAAGACAAUAUCCUGCGAAAGAAGCUUAGUAAUUAUUUCAGUGACCGUUGGAAUGUGCUUGACUUCAUCAUUCUUGUUUUCUACCUGAUUACCUUCAUACUACGCAUAAUUACAUGGAGGAACUCCACGGACGUGUCAGACAACAGACUCUUGGCUGUGUCAGAGUAUUUCUAUGGAUUUAUCGCCAUGUUUCUCACACUGAGAGCCUUUGGUCAAGUCAUAGAGGGCGUGCGGGGAGUGGGUGCAAUACAAAUCGCUUUGUUCUUUGUUAUCUGGGAUGUAAUGGCGAUAUUUUGGCAGUUUUUGGCAAUUAUUCUGGCAUUUUCUCUGGCUAUGACCAAGAUAUAUGUUGCUGAGAAGGCCUCUACCUUAGGAAAAGAUUCCGCGGAGGAUUUGGCAUGCAGUGAUUCCGGGCUAAUUUGUUGGUGGAACAUAGCGACACACCUUAGUUGGUCUUUACUGGGUUUAGCUGACCUGGAUAGGUUGAAUUCCGUCGACAAUCCUUCCGUUUCCCUUGUUCAUGUGCUGUACGGCUUCUUCUUAAUCCUGGCAGUUGUUCUUCUCGUGAACAUGAUGAUUGCGUUGCUCUCCAAUACCUAUCAGCAGGUUCAGGAUAAUUCACUGCAGGAGUGGUCUUUCAAGAGAGCCAUUACUGUAAGAACUUACAGCACCUAUCACCCGAUACCAGUGCCCUUCAACCUUUUGUCUGUCCCCCUGAUAAUACUCUGGAACCUAUGUUGGCGCGACACUCCUGCUUCGCGCGAGGGCGGACGGAGAGUAGCUCUGAAUAAAGUGGUGAAGAAACUAGAAAGGAUGUACUUCGGGAAAUACGGUUAUGAAUUUCCCCUCACAGAGGGGAAAAAGAUGGAUUACUUGGUGCAAGAAAAUGAGGGAGGACGAAAAUUGGCCAAUCAGAUAGUUCGGCAAGUAUUCCGACCGCGUGGAAACAAGGAGGAAAAACUUGCGUCUGGUCACAGAGCGUGGUAUGAUUCGCCGGGAAUUGCUGUCGAUGGCUGUCUCCUAACUUACGUGGGACCAGAUGUCUGCGGCAUAUGCAAAAGUGGAAAUCGUAAGAACAUUCACAGUGCCAAGUUCAAGUCUCCCUUUACACCAGAGACACCAAGAUUCGAGGUACUUAUUCAGGAGACUGGAGAGAGACGUAUUGCGGCACUGGGUGCUGUGCAUGAGUCGUACGACUGUCACAAAAUGCCUGGCUGGGAUAGUGGAACAGUCGGUUACCACGUAGACGAUGGUAAAAUAUUUGAAACCGGCUUCCAUGAGCUGGGAAGAGAAGUCGAAGGAGCCAUGGCUUACCGCGGUGAUCUCAUCGCUUGUGAAGUUGAUUUUAGUGGAGUCCCCGAGGGAAAAGUCUCUGUGUUGUUCUCCUUGAACGGUAGAAAAGUAGCGCGUUCUUCAGUGGAGUAUACAGAGGGAAAUAAACUAUUUCCCUUCGUUUCAUUGGGAUUUGAAGGCAUUACAGUGCUCACCAAGAUGUGCCAUCGUGACAGAGACCGUUUUAGUAGAGUAACAAACGAAGACAUUCAGGAGGAAAUUGGAGAUCUGCGACGUGAUUUUCAGAAUCAACUUACCGAGCAAAGGAGGAUGUUGUCAGAAAUGAGAGAUUUAGUACUGCGUUUGAAGGAAGUAAAGGAUAAAGAUGAACAAGAAGAAGAUACUAAGAGGCUGGCGGGUGACUUCAGUUAAAUCCACAAGUUAUAUCUUACGCGCAGUUUGAUGGAUCGGAUCAAUGGAUGGAUGAAAAUAAAGAAGAUUUUCAUUACCUUAGUAGUCGUUCAAGAACAUUCAUUUAGUUUAAACGCAAUGUAAAUCGUAUGCAAUAACUCUUUUUGAUGAGUGAAAAAGAUUCAAACUGUAUUUCUAUAGCUGUAAUAUUUCUUGUUGAAUUAAAAUUGUAGUCUGCUUACUUACAAAGAUUGUAGGAGUUAUGAAAACCAUUCAUUACCAUCUAUAAGUUACGUUUGCUUAAUCAUAUAGCUCCUAGUCAUUAACCAUAGUCUCCCCUUCAACUGUUAUAUAUGUUCCUGCAAAUUAUUUGGGAGAAUGUAGAGUUAAAUCAAGGUAUCACUUUGCUUGUGAGUUAAUCUGUUAUCUGUUUGCUGAGGAACAAAUAAAUAUUAUAGAAAGAAAAGUA